AGAUUUGACUGGUACUGGUCUAAUAUGAUGCAUUGUCAGUAAAACACAAAUAAAAAUACCUUUAUAAUUUGUGUUAUCAAUGCAGGGAUUCCUCAUGGUUGGAGAUGUUUUGGUUCCAGUAUUUACCACAUUUCAACUACCAAAGAAACCUGGAGCGACAGCAGACAGCACUGCAUGGAUCUAGGGGGGCAUCUGGUGGUCAUUGACAGUGAGGAGGAACAGAAAUUCAUCUCAGGAUUUGAGAGGAGAGUUUGGAUUGGUGCUUUGAAGACAGAGGGAGCCUGGAAAUGGGUAGAUGGCAAAGUCCUGGGUUAUGCAGGGUACUGGGCUGAGGGAGAACCAAAUAACAUGGGCGGAGAGGAAGACUGUGUAGAGAACAAAUUUAUGGGUGACCCUAAGAGAACCUGGAAUGACGGCACUUGCAAUUUGUUACGUUUAUAUAUUUGUGAGAAAGCAAUGUGAUUUCAAUUAAAAAUCUGUCUUUUUUUGAGUCUUCCCAUAGGAUAAUUUUAGUUUUCAAAGAUUUUGAUAGCUCAGAAAAGCUAGAUGUGAUCUCGUUGUUGUUUCAAUUAUGUAUGAAUUUAGUCAAAUAUCAAUAAAAUUCCUUAGGAGAAAUGAGCUGAGAUACUUUACUGUAAAAAUCCACCAAAGCAUCUUCGAACAGUCUUCUUGUAGGCUAGUUAAAUGCACUUUAUUGUGAAAAUGUGUGCCUCAUCCAGAAACAUCAAGGUAAUAUUGAGAUAUUAAAUAUUAACAUAAUAUAAAUAUUUUGUAAAAAUGGAGCAUGAUUUGUGACCCUGUUGAGAUCUCUCCUUUAACACUAUUGGAGAAAGGACCAUAUAGAAAUCUGAGAAGCAGGAGAUUUAAGCUUUUAUCUCUCCUUUCAUCUCAUUGCUGUCUAGGAGAAACAGAGAAGAUAAGUAGAUCUCUUUUGAGAUUUUCUCUUUUUAUUAUUCUAACCAGGAUUUUUGUAAUGGACAUCUAUUG